AUGCGAUUAUUUUUUCUUCUACAAUUUACUAAUGCUAUUGUUAUCUUUGCAAUAAAUUCAUUCAAUGGUAAUAUUAUAAUAGUCGAUGGCCCAUAUCAUCCGAUGUCAUUAAUGCAAAAUGCAAACGGUCGGUUAGAUCCGACGGACGGUCGAGGUAACAUUGUAGUGCACCGUCGUCUGAGUCCAACAAUGAUUAAAUAA